AUGCCAGGAAGAAGGCCCUCAACUCCGGGAAACCCACCAGGGGCAGGACAGGAAAGUUCAUCCCUUCCAGGAUUACAGGUUAAGCAAACUCUUUUAAUCUUCAUUCCUUUUGGCAAACACCUCAGAUAAAAAAUUCACAAAUUGCAACUUGUACAGAAUUUUGCGGCUAGAAUCAACUGAGGUUUUAGGUUCUGGAAGCAAUAGCAGUUGCCUUAUGCCUGCUGAAAUGAGAUCAUACUUCCCAGUAAAAGACAUUUUAUUUUAUAAAGACUCUAUAAUGACAUUUAAGUGUUUUAAUGGGCUUGCAUCCGAUUACCCUGCCUGUAAUUUUCUCUAUCAACACUUGAAAGACCAGGUCUUGAAAUGACUUAUCCCCAAAUAUAGAACAACCAGUGUCAGCAUUCUUUCAUGUAUAGAACAGUUAAGAUAUAGAAUUCAAUAAGACUAUGACUUUAAAGGCAAAGGCAGUCUUAGUGAAUUCAAGAAAGACAUCAAACUAGCUUGCCUAGCGACCUGAGGCCUAUACCACUUGCUACGCAUAAUAUUUUUUAUCCUUUCAUAGUAGUUGUUGAACAGCCCUCUUGGGAACGUCUAUUAAAGAUAUGUGUGUACACUGUAUGCAUAUAGGUCCAGACUGUGGCUGCGGGGUGGAGUGCUUUCAAAUGGUGGACAAAGACGAGAUAAAAAAAAUCAUAGAACACUUCAACGGACUUGCAGAUUACAAUCUCCGGAACAUUUACAUUUACCUGAAGGGUUUGAGCGACGGCUGGGAAAUAAAGAGGGUCAGUGUGCAAGGCAUGAACAGAGGGGCUGACGCGAUAAAUGUGCAGAAGAGAAAGUGUUUAUGCAAAUACUUGGUCCAUAGAAAGGAACAGAGGAGAGUCAAGGUAACUUCUAGAAAUAUUCUGUCAAUAAGGAAUAAAAGGUUAAAUUUCUAUAUUUUUGUACAGUAGAACCCUGUUAAUAUGGUCACCAAUAGGUGAAAAAAAUGUGGCUGUAUUAGUGGGAUGGCCAUAUUAUCAGGACAGGCUCAAAUUUCAUGACUUGAGGGCGGUAAUGACAAAUACACUGUACUGUGCAUUUGCAUUUCUGGAACAACGUCUCUCAUUAAUAAACAACCAAAAAUUUAAUGUAGAUAUUGUGUACAGUCAUUGAAAAAAUAAACUACCGGUACUUAAAAUUUCCUUUCUGUACACAAAACACUUUUAUAACAUAACAAAAGUAAAGCCCAUGCUCUGAUUGGUCAGUUAGCCAUCUACCAUUUUGCCCUUGGGUGCAGGCCAAAAAACUGAGCUAGUGCCGGCAGGGUGCAAAGAAAAUCAUUUUUACAGCUUGCCAUUCAGGUAAGUCGAAGUUAGCAUUUACUAGCCCAGAUGUCAUUUCAACUAGCCCCAAAAGCUUUUUCACGAGCAGAAUUGAUUUCGCAGUUCUUCCUUUAUUCGAAUUACUCAAAAAACAUCACUUGCCCAUCGGGCAAGUUAAAAAUGGAAUUCACUAGCCCGAUAGCAAAAUCCAGUAGCCCCGGGCUAUCGGACACUACUUUCUUUGCACGCUGUAGCAUGGUAAAGUUGAGGCAAAUAGUUAGCAAAUCUCCUCUCCUGUCAGAAAAAUGCACUGAUGAAAUCUUACAGCCUAACUCUCCACGGAGAGGAGCUAAGACCAUUAGCCAACAUCGGGCAACUUAAUGAAACAAGUGUAGGCAAUUUAUUAUAAUUAUUGCUCAAGCUGCUUUAUCUUUAUAUCAGCACUGCAAGCUGACACCACUGGCACGUGCUGGAAUGAUGGCAGUUCAAGAACGUCACAAUAAAGUUGCGUUAAAAACAAAUCUUGGGGAAGUCGCAUGGAGACUUAAACCGAAAGCAAAUAGAGAGUGGUGAGCCCGUGUUUAUUGAUAAAAACAAUAAAACACCUCCAAAGGAAGGGAAGGUGGGAUUUACAAGAGAACUAAACCUUCAAACUUGGUGAUACAGCUCAGAAUGAGAUGCAGGACUUUAACAAGACCUUUAGUUAGCUUGACAUCUGAGGGUAAGUCAAUGAUAAAUGUUGUUAGUACCAUUGAAUACAGGGAGUCCAUAAGGUGCUCCACGAGGUAAACAUGUAGAUAAUUUUAACUAGCCAUACAGAGCAAGCAAUAUAUAUUAUUUGAGAUGCCUGCAGAAACAAAGUCAGUAAAACGCGGGGAUGGAGCCAGGGCUGGGGUCUUCCCUUUUUUUAAAGAAUGCUUUGUUAUACGGUUAGUGUUAGGGUUGGGGUAAGUGUCAAUCCUAACCCUAACCCUAAAACAGCGUUCAUUAAAAAACAGAUAGACUAACCGGCUUAGUUUUGCUAAUGGAAGAAUGGUCAUAUAGUAAGAUUAUUCAUUCCUUUAAGCCAAUUGGAUGAUUCAGUGUAUUUUACACACAUUUCACGGGAUUUUGAGACAGCAAAUUAGAAUGAUACAAAACAAAGAGUAUGCGAGAGACAGGAGGAGAUGGCACACAAAUCGGCCAACCAAAGUUACCAAGGAGACGAAGCAAAAAGUAACACCUCAAGUUUUAGCGUCAAAUAUUCCCAAAACUCGGUCUGUGAAGUAAGUAUGGCCUCAAUUUCCCUUUUUUAUGUUUUUUUUUUCAGAUUAGGGAUCACAUUAACUCCUUUCAAGCUCUAGAAUCAUAUUAUUUCAGAAAGGACAACCGGGAAAAAAUAUUUACCGGUAAAUAAGGACCUGUUGAUACAGAGAAUCUAUCACCUGUACCGACAAAGAAAUGAACCAGAAGUCUGGGACAGACAACAAAGUAUUUUAACGUAAGUCAAAAGGAAGUUACUUUCAUAAAAUUUUGGCGAAACUAAUUUUUGUAUAUUUUCAUCUUGAACCAUGCCAAUGAUGAUGAAAAAUAGUGAUAUAUACCAUUAAAAAAAUACACACUUUAACACACUCACUUUAUUAUUAUUAGCAAUCUACAUUUACAUAAAGUCCGUUUCCGCCCGGAAAUAGCAGGUGUUAGUUGAGGCGGGCGGAGAUAAUAGGUACAGCAAUCAGUAAUAAUAAAUAAAUAAAUAAAUAAUGGUUAUCAAAUUCAUUAUGAAGGAAAACUUUCUUUUCUUUUUUUCAACUACUGGUUAGCCAGUACUUGGCACUUCAAUGACCUACAGAUGUAGUAAGGACAUGACAUUGUUGAAUGAAAAGAGCUCUACUGUAGAUAUGGUUGGUGUUUAUCUGCAGUGUCCUGGGUUGAAAAAUGCUCCGUUACAAGGAAUCGUGUUGUUUAUCUACCUAAGUUUUACAAAGCUACAUCAGUCAAUAAAUAUAGAACAAUGUACAUAAUACCUUGUGGCUUUUUUGGGGGGGGGAGGGGGUUAAUUGUUGUAGCUUCUAUCAAGAUCCACAUACAUGUAACCCCCUAAUGACCUCACAUCCCCCACACACACACACACACACACAAGUCUUUAACUUUGCAUUAAAUGGCAACAUUCUGGUGGGCAAUUCUGUGAUCAUUGACUAGCUUUGCAUCCAGGGAGGAGUGGUGGGUGGAGUUGUAAUAUUCACUCCAUGGUGCAUCAUGGUGCUUCCAACCAAGAUAAGCUCUCACUGUGCAUGCCCUCUCGCUUGUUUUAAGGACAAAAUUUUAUACCUCUCCCAUCCAUGGGGUGGUGGGGUGGAGUUGUAAUAUUCACUCCAUGGUGCAUCAUGGUGCUUCCAACCAAGAUAAGCUCUCACUGUGCAGGCCCUCUCGCUUGUUUUAAGGACAUAUACCUCUCCCAUCCAUGGGGGGAUGUGGUGGAGUUGUAAUAUUCACUCCUUGAUGCUUCAUGCUUCUCCCAUCAAGAUACUGUAAGCUCUCGCUGUGCAGGCCCUCUGGCUUGUUUUAAGUACUUCUUUUGGAAUGUUGAGUUAGUAAACCAGUAAGCUUACUAAUCCCUCCUGUCUCGAGAAAUUAUAUGGUCAAUGAUCCACCCCUCUCAGUGUGGUACUCAGUGUAAGAAGUUGUAGAAAAAUUAAUCUCCUAGAGUCUGUACUUACAUGUAUGUAAUUACGAUAAUUAUGUAUGAACUUAGUAGCGCUUCUUUUAAGGAAACCCUUUAGUGAGAUUAUGCUACUCUUCCUUUUAGGAUUUGUCAUUCUUUCCUAGCACAGCCUCUACAUCACAGGAAGACCGUGAAAACAUAUCAGGAUCCACUUCCUCCAGGAACUUGACAGUAACACUGUUAAGCAGUGAAUGGAGAUCAACGAAAAGACGCUUGUCAACCAUCAACCGAGAGCUUGCAAUUCAGUUGGCUAAACACCCCAGCGUGGAGGUCAUUGUUUAUCUUCCUCAGUGCAGUGAAGAAGAUAAACGAGUUUCUGCAAGUCACAAUGUCCAGCUUAUUGAAGCAGAAGAAAUGGUAGGUUAUGACAACCCAGUAGACUGGUUGUCCUCUCUACUAGACGGCCAUGUUGUGGACUGUGUGAUACAUGUAGGACAUGGGGCCAUUCUUGGUGGGCAAGUGCACGUUAUUAAGCGUCACUGUAACUGCAAGUGGAUUCAGGUCGUUCAUACAGCUCCUGAAGAGCUUGGUAUGUUCAAGUCUUACACAGAUGGCAUUUCAACUGAGAGGCGAGAAAAAGCACCAGGCUGAGAUAAAACUCUGUGAAAAAGCUGAUUAA